AGUCCCAGCUUCUCAGGAGGCUGAGGCAGGAGAAUUGCUUUAACCUGGGAGGUGAAGGUUGCAGUGAGCUGAGAUUGAGCUACUGCACUCUAGCCUGGGUGACAGAGCGAGACUCCAUCUCAAAAAACAAACAAACGAAAACAACAACAACAAAAAAAACUAGAGACAGUGUCUCACUAUGCUGCCCAGGCUGGCCUUGAACUCCUGGCCUCAAGUGAUCCUCCCACCUCCACCUCCCAAAGUGCUGGGAUUGCAGACAUGAGCCACCAGUCAGGCCUUUGGUUUUAUUAUUUAAAUGUUUGAAAUAUCCACGUUGCAUCUCAGUCAUACUGUGGUCAUUUUGAAUGAGAUUAAAUGUAUAGAUAAUUUAUUUCUUGAAUUUCGUGUGACUUUUUUUUCCUCUCAUCUUCUCUUAAUAACUUAAUGCCAUGUUCCAUGUGAUCAGUCAUUCAACAUCAAGCUCCCAUUUCAGGCUUGACACUGUAUAAGAACUUGUGGGAUACAUAGUGAGUUUCUUCCUGGAGCUCAGAGUAUCCAGUGGAGCUCAAAUAUUUUAAAGGAUGAGUUACAGUGUACUUAAGUUCUCUAGCACAGUUGCGGUUAAAGAGCUGUUUGAAACAGUAAGAAUGAAAUCCCUGGGUAAAUAGGAAAGGCUUCAGGGAGGAGGUGACUUUUGAACUAGGCUUUGGAGGAAGAAUAGUUUUACAGGCAAAUAAGAUUGAGCAAAGAACAUUCUAGGUAGAUAGAAUCAUAGGUAUGAAAGCAUGGAGCCAUGGUAGCCCCCAGUGUUUGGGGAUGAGGCUGGAAAGCUAAGUUGGGGCUGUGAAAGGCAGGUCAAGGAGUUUGGAUUUUAUUCUGUAAGCCAUGGGGAGCUACCAGAGAGUCUUAGAUACAUCACAUACAUCCCAUGAUAGGCGUUGCAGUUAGAGAGUGGAGAUAGAUGUUAUCGUGGGGCAGCUUUAUUUGGGGGGCAUCACUGUGCUUCAGGAUCUGUUUCUCUGCUUCGUAGACCAGAAAUUUAGUUUUGUAAAGUGCUCAGAGCUGAUUGGAUCCAGAGAGACUGACUCACUAACCAAACUUGGAAGAGACUCCUGAAUAAACUUAGGAUAUUAACUGACCAUGAGAAAUGAAACUGCAGAGUGACAGAUGUUUCUGUCCUCUGGCCAUUGCUCCUCACUUUCUGGCCAGGGCUGGGACAUACUAACAAACACUUGCUCCUCAAUUCCUGUUUGUUUUUCUCAGGCUCCAUGAAAACGAACCCUUUCUGUUAACAUAAUCUUUCCUCAAGCACUGUUUAGUAUAGUCAACAAUGAUUAUUAAUUGAUAGAAUGAAUAAUUCUGUAUUGUUUAUGUGGGAUCCUGUAUUUGUGAAACUUAAGGAAUGGGACGAAUAAUAGAAAUAAAAUAUCAGAAAGGAGCGUUCCAUAGAGUUAGGUUAAUGGAGAAGGUAUGCAGAUUCUAAGUAGUGCGGGUAAAUUUGUGGCUAGCAGUGGUUGUGGGCAGAUGCGUCGGAAGUUGUUCUGAGAACAGAGGUCUGUGAACUCUUGGAGGAGGUAGGGGGCUUUUGGCUGCAUGUGAAGGAAACACUGAUUUAGGAUCUUUAUCUUCCCUACACAUUGGAGACAGAAAAGAAAACAAUUCCCACCCUCAACUCAGCCAGAUCAUGGUGAGUUUUAAUUUAAUUUAAUUUAUUUUCUUAUUUUAUUUUUGAGAUGGAGUCUCACUCUGUUGCCCAGGCUGGAGUUCAAUGGUGCCAUCUUGGCUCCCUGCAACCUCCACCUCCCGGAUUCCAGCGAUUCUCCUGCCUCAGCCUCCUGAGUAGCUGGGACUACAGGCGUGCACCACCACACCCAGCUAAUUUUUGUAUUUUUAGUAGAGACGGGGUUUCACCAUGUUGGCCAGCCUGGUCUUGAACUCCUGACCUCAAAUGAUCUGCCUGCCUUGGCCUCCUAAAGUGCUGGGAUUACAGGCAUGAGCCCCUAUGCCUGGCCUUAUUCCUAUCUUUACAUGUGGUGUUUGGACUCUAGACCAUGUGCCUAGGUAGAAGUUUUUCCUUUCUCCGCAGCUCUGCUCCCCUAGCAACGCUCGCCACACCCUUGUUUUGAGAUCCUCUCUAAGGAGCGGAGAGUUUAAUAGGCAAGAAGGAAGGGAGAAGACAGAAGGAAGACGCUCCCCCGAACGGAGACAGAGGGAGGGGGGGCUCCAAAGCCGAAAGAGGAGGUCCCUGCCACGGAUACCAGUCAGCCCUUGCCAGCAUCCAGCCAUGGGGGAUAUGAAAACCCCAGAUUUUGAUGACCUUCUGGCUGCCUUUGACAUCCCAGACCCCACCAGCCUUGAUGCCAAGGAGGCCAUCCAGACACCCAGUGAGGAGAAUGAGAGUCCCCUCAAACCUCCAGGCAUAUGUAUGGAUGAAAGUGUGUCCUUGUCUCACUCAGGAUCAGCCCCCGAUGUGCCGGCCGUGAGUGUCAUUGUCAAGAACACCAGCCGCCAGGAGUCAUUUGAAGCGGAGAAAGACCACAUUACUCCCAGUCUCCUACACAAUGGAUUCCGGGGCUCAGAUCUGCCUCCAGAUCCCCACAACUGUGGGAAAUUUGAUUCUACUUUUAUGAAUGGAGACAGUGCCAGGGGUUUCCCUGGCAAACUGGAGCCUCCCAAGUCAGAGCCAUUACCCACCUUCAACCAGUUCAGUCCAAUCUCCAGCCCAGAACCUGAGGAUCCCAUCAAAGAUAAUGGAUUUGGGAUAAAGCCCAAACACUCUGACAGUUAUUUCCCACCCCCUCUUGGGUGCGGGGCUGUGGGAGGCCCAGUCCUGGAGGCUCUGGCUAAGUUUCCGGUUCCAGAGCUGCAUAUGUUUGAUCAUUUUUGUAAGAAAGAACCCAAGCCAGAACCCCUGCCCUUGGGGAGCCAGCAGGAACACGAGCAAAGUGGGCAGAACACAGUGGAACCUCACAAGGAUCCGGAUGCCACUCGAUUCUUCGGGGAAGCUUUGGAGUUCAACAGCCAUCCUAGCAACAGUAUUGGAGAGUCCAAGGGGCUUGCCCGGGAGCUUGGUACCUGCUCAUCAGUCCCCCCUAGGCAGCGUCUAAAGCCAGCUCAUUCCAAGCUGUCCUCUUGUGUGGCAGCCUUGGUGGCCUUGCAGGCCAAAAGAGUGGCUAGUGUCACUAAGGAAGAUCAGCCUGGCCACACAAAGGAUCUCUCAGGGCCCACUAAAGAGAGUUCUAAAGGUAGCCCCAAAAUGCCCAAGUCACCAAAGAGUCCCCGGAGCCCUCUGGAGGCCACUAGAAAAAGUAUCAAGCCAUCGGACAGCCCUCGUAGCAUCUGCAGUGACAGCAGCAGCAAAGGCUCACCGUCUGUGGCUGCCAGCUCCCCACCAGCAAUUCCCAAAGUGAGAAUCAAAACCAUUAAGACAUCAUCAGGGGAAAUCAAACGGACUGUCACAAGGAUCCUGCCAGAUCCUGAUGAUCCAAGUAAGUCCCCUGUUGGGUCACCUCUAGGGAGCGCCAUUGCAGAAGCCCCCAGCGAGAUGCCAGGGGAUGAGGUGCCUGUGGAAGAGCACUUUCCUGAGGCAGGCACAAAUUCAGGGAGCCCCCAGGGGGCCAGGAAGGGGGACGAGAGCAUGACAAAGGCCAGUGACUCGUCAUCUCCCAGCUGCAGUUCUGGGCCCCGGGUCCCAAAGGGGGCUGCCCCAGGCUCACAGACAGGCAAGAAGCAACAGAGCACAGCACUGCAGGCAUCCACCCUGGCCCCUGCCAACCUCCUGCCCAAAGCCGUGCACUUGGCCAAUCUGAACCUCGUCCCCCACAGUGUUGCUGCAUCAGUGACAGCCAAGUCUUCAGUGCAAAGACGGAGCCAGCCACAGCUUACACAAAUGUCGGUGCCCCUGGUCCACCAGGUGAAAAAGGCUGCCCCACUGAUUGUAGAGGUCUUCAACAAGGUCCUCCACAGCUCCAACCCCGUGCCCCUCUAUGCGCCAAAUCUCAGCCCGCCUGCGGACAGCAGGAUCCACGUGCCAGCCAGUGGGUACUGCUGCCUGGAGUGUGGAGACGCAUUUGCCUUAGAGAAGAGCCUGAGCCAGCACUAUGGCCGGCGGAGCGUCCACAUUGAGGUACUGUGCACACUGUGCUCCAAGACGCUGCUCUUCUUCAACAAGUGCAGCCUGCUCCGGCACGCCCGUGACCACAAGAGCAAGGGGCUCGUCAUGCAGUGUUCCCAGCUGCUGGUGAAGCCUAUCUCUGCGGACCAAAUGUUCGUGUCGGCCCCUGUGAACUCCACGGCACCAGCAGCCCCAGCCCCUUCAUCCUCUCCCAAACAUGGCCUCACUUCGGGCAGUGCCAGUCCCCCUCCUCCAGCCUUGCCACUCUACCCAGACCCUGUGAGGCUCAUCCGGUACUCAAUCAAGUGUCUUGAAUGUCACAAGCAGAUGCGGGACUACAUGGUCCUGGCUGCACAUUUCCAGAGGACAACAGAGGAGACAGAGGGGCUGACCUGCCAGGUAUGCCAGAUGCUGCUGCCCAACCAGUGCAGUUUCUGUGCCCACCAGCGGAUUCAUGCACACAAGUCCCCCUACUGCUGCCCGGAGUGUGGGGUCCUCUGCCGCUCUGCCUACUUCCAGACCCAUGUAAAGGAGAAUUGCCUGCACUAUGCCCGCAAGGUGGGCUACAGGUGCAUCCACUGUGGUGUCGUCCACCUGACCUUGGCCUUGCUGAAAAGCCACAUCCAGGAGCGACACUGCCAGGUUUUCCACAAAUGUGCAUUCUGCCCCAUGGCCUUCAAGACUGCCAGCAGCACUGCAGACCACAGUGCCACUCAGCACCCCACCCAGCCCCACAGACCCUCCCAGCUCAUUUAUAAGUGCUCCUGUGAAAUGGUCUUCAACAAGAAGAGGCACAUUCAGCAGCAUUUUUACCAGAAUGUCAGCAAGACGCAGGUGGGCGUCUUCAAGUGCCCUGAGUGCCCACUCUUGUUCGUGCAGAAGCCGGAGUUGAUGCAACACGUCAAGAGCACCCACGGUGUUCCCCGAAAUGUGGACGAGCUGUCAAGCCUCCAGUCUUCAGCGGACACAUCCUCAAGCCGCCCUGGCUCUCGAGUUCCCACUGAGCCACCAGCCACUAGUGUGGCUGCUCGGAGCAGCUCCCUGCCUUCUGGCCGCUGGGGUAGGCCUGAAGCCCACCGCAGGGUGGAAGCCAGGCCGCGGCUGAGGAACACUGGCUGGACCUGCCAGGAGUGCCAGGAGUGGGUUCCAGAUCGGGAGAGCUACGUGUCCCACAUGAAAAAGAGCCACGGUCGGACAUUGAAGCGGUACCCAUGCCGGCAGUGUGAACAGUCCUUCCACACCCCCAACAGCCUGCGCAAACACAUCCGCAACAACCAUGACACAGUAAAGAAGGUCUACACCUGCGGGUACUGCACAGAGGACAGCCCCAGCUUUCCUCGGCCCUCCCUUCUGGAGAGCCACAUCAGCCUUAUGCAUGGCAUCAGAAACCCUGAUUUGAGCCAGACGUCCAAAGUCAAACCUCCGGGUGGACAUUCCCCUCAGGUGAACCAUCUGAAAAGACCAGUCAGUGGAGUGGGGGACGCUCCAGGCACCAGCAAUGGCGCAACUGUCUCUUCCACCAAAAGGCACAAGUCCCUUUUUCAGUGCGCGAAAUGUAGUUUUGCCACAGACUCGGGGCUCGAGUUUCAGAGCCACAUACCUCAGCACCAGGUGGACAGCUCCACAGCCCAAUGUCUCCUCUGUGGUUUGUGCUACACCUCUGCCAGCUCCCUCAGCCGCCACCUCUUCAUUGUCCACAAGGUGAGAGACCAGGAGGAGGAGGAGGAAGAGGAGGCGGCGGCAGCGGAGAUGGCAGUGGAGGUGGCAGAGCCAGAGGAGGGCUCCGGGGAGGAGGUGCCCAUGGAGACUAGAGAGAAUGGACUGGAAGAAUGUGCCGGUGAGCCUUUGUCAGCUGACCCAGAGGCGAGGAGAUUGCUGGGCCCGGCCCCUGAGGACGAUGGUGGCCACAAUGAUCACAGUCAACCACAGGCCUCUCAGGACCAGGACAGCCACACACUGUCCCCUCAGGUGUGACCGGAGACUUUGCAGUGUGCAUGGUCGGGGUGGUGCCGAAGUGUCUUCCACCUGCCCUGCGGACCGUGGAAAAUAAAAGGCUCUGCCCCUGGUGUGAGUGUGACCGGUUGUACCCUGGAGUAGUGUCUGCCCUGAGCUGCCAGUGCUGGGUAUCCCCCAGCCCCAGGAAAUGUGGGGUCGGCCAGGACCCUCACAGCUCUGAAUUUGCUUCUGUUAUUUAUGGCUUUUCGCUGCUUCUUGGUGCCCCAUCUCUUGUCUGUGUCCUUCCAACCCCAAGCUGCUUAUGUGGCCCAACCCCACUGCUGUCAACUAGGCUUGAACCCCACAGCGGCUGUGCUCUUCUGGGAGGUUCCCGCUUGCUGCCUUCAGCCAGGGCACUCCUCAGAGCUCUAUUUUCCUGCAGACACCAGCUCUCCUUCCUGCCUUUAGAUCCUGAGAAGGAGGGAAAUGAGGGGUGCUGACACAGUCCCUCUGGGAGAGCUCUGCCUAGUCUGGUUUGGCGAGGGCCCUUGAUCACCUUGCCCCUCCUCCCUGUCUUCUCUGAUUCUUUUCCCUCAAAAUAGUCCUGAGAACUAAUUGUCACACUGGCUCAUCAUGUCUCUGUGGGUGGGGUGGGAGAAACCUCUGCUGCACACCUCUGUUUGGAACCUGGGCAGAGCAGGAGGUAAGGCAAAGGCAGGCAGGCACCAAGAACCAGACCCCUUGAGAAGGCGCUGUGGGUGGGUCUUUGUUCUGCUGUUCUGCCUUUCCUGACAGGUGGGGUUGGGGCACACAGACAUUGGAAUAUUUGUACUGCUCUCGUGCCAUUUGAGAGGCUGCUGCCCCAGGCAGGCCAGCCCCUACUCCUCUUGGCUACACUCAUGUUGCUCAGACUAUAUUUCAAAUAAAAAAUCUUCUCACCAUG